AUGGACAGCAUACCCGAAGAAUGGAAAUCUCUCUUCCCAAUCUCAUCAGUCUUCAAGCCUCCUCUUCUCAUUUCAAACCCUUCAAUAUUGGGUCCUCUAAUCUUCAACCCGAAAGCCAACAGCACUACUCUCCUUUUCUCUUCCCCCACUCUCCUGCCACCUCUCACUCCUUUACCUCAUCUCUCUCUACCUCGUUUCCUCUCGACCUCUUCACCAGAAUCUGCUCCUCUUCCAUCCACCUCUUCCUCCAUAGCCCCCUUCUUGGGCCCUCAUCAGUACAAAAAUGACCUACUUUCCUCUUUCCGAAACCGUCUCGAAUUCCUUCAAUGCCCAAAAACUAACACUAUUCUUAUAUUUUUCCCUACUGGUGAGAAUUCUGACCAAGUUGGGUUGUUGGAGCUGGUCUUAAAAGAUUCGACUUUCGAUGUUAAAGUAGGAGGUCUCAGUACGAGGUGUCAGUUCAAAUAUCAGAUUUUAAGGAUUUCUGUGAACCCCCUUCCUAGCUUAUCCAAUUUAACAGGUAAUGGUCCUGUUACCAUUGGAUAUGUAUUGGCUUCUACUAUGUACUCUGUACAUUGGUUUAUUGUAAAGCUUGGAGAUUUUGGUUCAAAUUCAGACAGCAUUAGGUUAGUGUAUGUGGGUGAUAGGGUCUUCAAGGCUUGCUGUGUUGUACAUGCGUGUUGGAGUCCACAUGUACCAGAAGAGAGUGUGGUUUUGUUAGAAAAUGGUGCUUUAUUCUUGUUUGAUUUGGAAUCUCGUCUACGAAACACUAUUUCAAAUGCAAAUUUUAAAGGGACCAGAUUGAAAGUCCUCUGGGACAAUAAUGGUUAUGAUUCUGGAAACUAUAGAUGGUUGAGUUGUGAGUUCAGUUGGCAUCCUAGAGUUUUGAUUGUUGCACGUUCAGAUGCAAUUUUCUUAGUUGAUUUGAGGUUCAAUGAAUGUAGCCUAACUUGUUUGAUGAAUAUUGAGUUGUUGCAUAUGUAUGCCCCGAUGGAAAGGGAACAGUUCUGUGUGCUUUCAAAGACUAGUUCUGAUAGUUUUCACUUUGUUUUGGCUUCUGACAGUCUAUUACUUCUUUGUGAUGUGCGCAAGCCAUUGAUGCCGGUGUUGCAAUGGGCUCAUAGCAUCAACAAAGCAAGCUAUGUUGAUGUUUUUAGACUGUCAGAAUUGAGGUCACACACAAAGGAUAAUACAUAUAAGUGGCCUUCUGAUUCUGGUUUUUGCAUUAUCUUGGGUUCAUUUUGGAAUUGUGACUUCAAUAUCUUUUCCUAUGGACCUUCCCUCCCAAUGCCAUUAGGAUCAGUAGCUUCAAAACUGACAGAGCUUAGAAAAUGCUUUUAUGCCUGGGAACUCCCUUCAGAUCUUUUACUGUCUGGCCGUGAAUGCCAUUGUGGAAAUUGUCUUUUAAGGGAGGGGUUUCUAAGAGAUGCUCUUCCUGAGUGGAUUGAUUGGCAGCACAAGAAAGAGAUAGUUUUGGGAUUCGGUAUUGUAAACAAAGACUUCUCUUCUACACUUUCUGAGCCAGAUGUCUUUGGUGGGUUUACACUGAUACGGCUAAUGUCCUCAGGAAAGCUUGAACUACAGAGAUAUUGUGCAUCAUGGGAUUCUAUAGAAGAAGUAGAAGAAUCACAUAAGAAGUUGCUGCAUUUCAAGGAUCAUUUGCUCUACUCCCCUGAAUAUGAGGAAUACAGUUUCCCUAGGAGAUUUAAGUACAUUGAACUUGACUACCUCUGUGGUUAUCUGAAUGGCAAUCUUGAUGAAGUCUUGGAUGCAAAAAUGAAAAAGCCCUGUAGUGUUCCUCAAGGGAAAGAACACUUUAGCCCUGAAUUUCAUGAAAUAUUAUGCAAGAAAUUACAUGAAUGCGGUUUCGGUCAGUUAAGAUCAGCUCCUGCAACUACAAUUGUUUUAAACGACAUCAGCUUGCCAGCAAGCAUACAUGAAGUUGUUUUGAGGAGAUUGUGGACAGAGUUGCCCAUGGAGCUACUGCAAUUGGCUUUUUCUAACUAUACUGAAAUUCUUGAAGUGCUUGUGAACGAAAAGAGGGUGGCCUUGGAAUUCUCUGCUGUACCAGACCUAUCCCAGUUGCCCCCUUUCAUUUUAAGGAGGUCUAGGAAGCCGUCCCGUAGCAAUAAGUGGUCAAAGAAAGUGCAACCUGGUGAUGCCCUUGUGGGUCCGGUACUUCCUCUUCCUCUAUUGCUUACAGUUCAUGAAUUUCGUAAUGGGUGUCCAAACUCAGAGGAACAAUCAGGCAGAUUUUCGGUAGAGGCAGAGCUUAGCCGCAGAUUUGAUGAGGUCAUGCAGGUUGCCAGUGAAAUGGCUUUUUCCAAUUCCGAACCAGUGGUUCUUGAUGAUAAAGUGAUUUCCCUCGCUAAUGAUGGAAAAGAGAAAUGGUGCGAUUCUCAAAGGUCAAAACCUUUCUUUCUUUAUCAGCCGGUUGCACCUAAAGGCGCAGCAACUCAUAGUAGACAGGGAAAAUCUCUUUAUGAGGAUGACAAGUUUGACACCUUGAUUUCCAAAGUGUCAGAUAAGAAGCAGACAUCCAGUGACAUUAGCGGUAGCGUUGGACUAGAACUCUUUGAUGAUCUUUGCACUGUGGAGUUGAGAUUUGAUGCUUGUCCCAUGAAGUUUGAGCCGAAAGAAAAAAGGGGAUAUGAUAUACUAAAGAAGCAAUUAUUAGAAUGGCAAAAUAAAUUUGACUUGUAUAGAGACUUCCGCUCAAGGAUUGAAUCAAAAUCUAAUAUCUGA